UCGGUAACAUUCCCAUAAUGCAUUGCAAACCUGGCUAUGUUCUCUUCGCCAUUUUCUAGAGCUGCCGUGUUGUGGUUUUUCACGUAGCAGCCGCCAAAAUGGUAAUGCCAGUGAACCGGCCAAGAAUCUUGAAAAAGAGGCAAAAGAAGUUCAUCCGGCAUCAGUCGGACCGCUACAUGCGAGUUGGGGAAAGCUGGCGCAAACCCAAGGGAAUUGAUAACAGGGUGAGACGAAGGUUCAAGGGUCAGUAUUUGAUGCCCAACAUUGGUUAUGGCAGCAACAAGAAAACUAGAUUCCUGAUGCCUGAUGGCUUCAAGAAGUUUGUUGUUCAUAAUGUUAAGGAGCUUGAGGUCCUUAUGAUGAUGAACCGUAGCUACGCCGCCGAGAUUGCACACAAUGUGUCCAGCCGGAAAAGAAAGGCUAUUGUCGAAAGAGCUCAACAGCUUUCUAUCAAAGUAACAAACAGCAAUGCACGGCUGCGCAGUGAAGAAAAUGAGUAAAUAAACAUUGUUCCAGCAAAA